AGAGGUUAUCCUCCCAGAGGAGGUGAUCCUUCAUACCAGGGCGGCUACAACCAAGGAGGGCAGGGAAAUUAUAAUUCUGGACGACAGCAGCCACCAAUUAACAACAGAGAUUAUGCUCCUAGAGGAGGUGUUCCUUCGUACCAGGGCAGUUACAAUCAAGGAGGGCAGGGAAAUUAUAAUCCGGGACGACAAAGGGACUUCUUUCAAGGGGAGCAGAGUAAUUAUAUGCCUCCUGAGCAAAGGGAUUUUAGAGGAGAUCGUAGGAACGACGCUCCUUCACAAAGUGGGAAUUAUGGGCAGGGGCCAAAUCCUGGAUAUGGGCAGGGGCCAAAUCCUGGAUAUGGGCAGGGGCCAAAUCCUGGAUAUGGGCAGGGGCCGAAUCCUGGAUAUGGGCAGGGACCGAAUCCUAGCUAUGGGCAGAACUUUGAGCGAGAGGUGAAUCCUGCCAAUGAACAGAGUUUUCGGAAAGGAUCAAAUCCUGGACCUGAUCAGUUUGGGCAGAGUUCUGGGGGGCAGGGACCGAAUCCUAGCUAUGGGCAGAACUUUGAGCGAGGGGCAAAUCCUGCCAAUGAACAGAGUUUUCGGCAAGGAUCAAAUCCUGGACCUGAUCAGUUUGGGCAGAGUUCUGGGGAAGGACAAACUUACCCGGGGCAUGGAGUCGGUCAGGGAUUUUCACAUGGAGGGCAACAAGGAAGAUAGAUUCAAGUGGUUCUUUGAUAUGAUUCAGAGAAUCGAAAUGCAAAGAACUCGUGGUGUCCUUUUCUUACUCUAUUACAUGUAGCAGUUUUUGUUCCGCCAUAGUAAAUAGUGACUGUUUAAUCUUUGUUGGCUUGAUUUGUGAGCUAGUAGCAUCACGUAUUGGUUAAGUUUGCA